AUGCCAGAUAGGAUCCCUUUCCCAGUUCCGGAGAGAAUUUCUUCUCUGAUGCCAGCAAACCGCCGUCAGGCUUUGUGUGACCAUCAAGAGAGAUCGGUCAGCAAUUCAUCAAAACUCUCUCAGGUUUCGCAGGACUCACUACAGUCGACCACAUCGGACUUCCUUGACGCCAAGAUCGCUACACUCGAAGACGAGAAGGAGUACAUCAGUUGCAUCAAACAAGGCCUUGAUGCGGUUUCGUCUUUACGGCUACUCAGCAGUGAUGCUUUCCAGACAGAGAUCGGUCCUGUCCUAAGAAGAUUCCGAGCAACGUCGCAGACUCUCGAUGUGCUCAAGCGCCAACAGACAUUGAUCGAGGAAGACUUAGAAGUGGAGGUCAAAUGUAGAAAGAUCACCGGACCCUCAGACGAUGGACUUGUCGAGAGAGCAUACGUGGAUACGAUUAUCCCACGUGUUAUGGGUGCGGCUGCGAAGAUUCGGAAACACGCCUUCGACCAGAAAAAAUUCAAGAAAGAAGUUAAUCAAUACUACGGCUUAACGACCGAGUGCGCGGGAGAGACAUCUUUCUGUCACGUUCUUGGAUAUUCCUACCUGCCCCUUCAGUCAAAGCAGCUCUUCUACCAACCAGAAGUGUCCCAUAUUUUCGGAGUUCAGGAUAGUGUGCUCUCUGAUCCACGCAAUGAAGAGAAGGAUCUCACGAAAAUUCCUAUAGCAUUAUUAUUAUACAAUCUCAUUGAAUCCCUACUCGACCAAGGGGUGAUUGCCAUCGUUCCAAUUCCUGGCUCGAUAACUGAGCCAACCACGUGGAGAUGUGUUGUCUUAGAUGAGUCUAAGAAUGAGAACUUUGUCUACAAGAGGGAGUCCGGGGAAAUAAUGAAGGUCAAGCACCUCGAUGACCGCAUUUUAAGUUUCCUUUCUGAGAAUCGCCCUCGCCGAAGAUACCUCUAUUUCCGUUUUCUGAUCUCCUACCUCCACGCGAAGCGACUGAAUCUCGGCGAUACAACUGAAAAGGUGGAGGCUCGAAGAUUCUGGCCGUCCGGUGGUGAAUAUUUGAACAAGUCCACCCUCAAGACCCUUGCUCGGUGUAUAUCGGGAUGUGAGAUCCCUGAUGAGUUUGUUACGAACAAGACCUUUGAGGGUUCAGCCAAUGAGUCUCGAAAUCUACAGGCAGGUAUGAUUCUUGGGAUGGAUAUCCUAGAUACCCACCCUGACGACUAUGGUGCGUUGAUCGAAAGUAUGAAGCGGCUCUGA